CCGGAGAGCAGAGGGAGCCAAUCCGAGCAGAGCAGCCGCCCUGAAGCAGCACCGAGCACACCAUGGCAAACGCUUACCUUCAAGGAGUCGAGAUCUCUGCCUCUCAGUUCCUGGAUAUCUUUCAUCACUAUGACAACGACGGUAAUGGAUAUAUCGAGGGAAAGGAGUUGCAGAACUUUAUUAAGGAACUUCAGCAAGCUCGGAAACAGGCAGGACUGGAACUAACAGACCAAAUGAGGGCUUUUGUGGAAGAAUAUGAGAAAAAUGCCGAUGGAAAGAUAGAUAUUAUUGAGUUGGUACAAAUACUACCCACAGAGGAAAACUUCUUGCUGUUUUUCCGUCAACAACUAAAGUCCUGUACAGAAUUUAUGGAAGCCUGGAGAAAUUACGAUGCUGAUCACAGUGGCUACAUUGAAGCUGAUGAGCUUAAGAAUUUUUUGAGAGACCUGCUCCAAAGGGCAAAGAAACCUUACGACGAGAAGAAGUUAGAGGAAUACACAUUAACCACGCUGAAAAUUUUUGAUUCAAAUAAUGAUGGGAAAUUAUGUCUGUCAGAAAUGGCGAGGCUACUACCAGACCAAGAGAACUUUCUACUGAAAUUCCAGGGUGUAAAAAUGGCCAGAAAAGAGUUCAACAAGAUCUUUGAGUUAUACGAUAAGGACCGGAAUGGCUACAUGGAUGAGAACGAGCUCGACGCCCUGCUCAAAGGCCUGUGUGAGAAAAACAAAAAGGUUCUAGAAGUCAGCAAGAUCCCCAUAUAUAAGAAGGCCAUCAUGGCUCUGUCUGACGGCGGGAAACUCUACAGAACGGAGUUGGCGCUGGUGUUGUGUGAAGACAUGUGAGACUCGCUCGUCCGUUGACUUCUUAUAACCCUCCACCAUCCUCUUCAUGCACAUACCACCGCCAGCAAAGCUCUCUGCUCACUCGUCCCAUGUGUGAAGAUAGCUAGACACUGGGUGUAUUUCUGUUCUUUCCUUUGGGGAACUUGUAAUCCACAGGCUGAUCGUACGUAGGUACAUAGACCAGAGACCAGUGGCUCAUAACUUUUCAAUCUGUUGUUUCUAUACAGUUUCUAAAUGUACAGAUUUUGUAAAGAUGAGACUGACACAACACUUAAAAAGGACCUGUAUACUGCAUUCAUUGAACACGACACCAUCUCCAGCAGAGAUGAGACAUACCCCCAGAGUACUGGAAAACCAUCAGUAUUAACUGUAUUCAAAUCGUGUUCCCGACACAGAAUCGCAAUGAAGAAUCGAUCUACCUUAUAAUAUUGUAGCCAAAGCAAUAAAGUGUUAGAGGAAUGUGGAUGGUAUUCAUGUGACGUCAGAUGAAACUGUGAAAUAGGAAAGUACUUGUAUGUGAUUUCCAGUAGGCUAAAUUUAUGUUCGCAGUGCAUGUUUGCAACUGAAGGCACACCUUGCAGUGAGGCAUUAAUGACUCUAUAAGCACAUACCAUAUCUAUAUGAACUGCAUUGCCCCAGGCCACUCUCUAAUCUCCUAUCAACAUGUUUGCACUGUAAAGAAUGACAUGCUCCACUAUGCCGACUACCAGAGACACUGUGUAACAGGAUACUACACUUAAUAAAGCACUACCUGAACUCUGAA